UUCCGCUUAAACCCGGAACUAUUUCAGAGUUGGCGGGCGCGGCCAUCUUUGAUCAGAAAAUUUGUAACGAUAAACUUGCAGCUUGAAUCGAUUCGAAUCCAGCCCUUCUUCCAUCCAUCCACCAUGUCCGUCUCGGCAGACAGAGAGGAAGAGGUCUACAGAGCCAAGCUGGCAGAGCAGGCUGAACGAUAUGAUGAAAUGGUUGAGGCCAUGAAGAAAGUGGCGGAGCGAAACACGGAGCUGAGUGUUGAGGAGAGGAACCUGCUGUCUGUGGCGUACAAGAACGUGAUUGGUGCCCGGCGUGCCUCCUGGAGGAUCAUAAGUAGCAUUGAGCAGAAGGAGAAGGAUAAGGGCAACUCAGAGAAGGUGGCAAAAACUGAGGAGUACAGGUUGGCGGUGGAGCAGGAGCUGAAGUCAAUUUGUGAUGACAUCCUCGACGUCAUCGACAAAAACCUUAUCCCUUCAGCUGGGUCAGGAGAGUCCAGGGUCUUCUACUACAAGAUGAAGGGCGACUACCACCGGUACCUGGCAGAGUUCGCCAAAAGUAACGACAGGGCAGCGGCUGCGGAGAACAGCCUGCUGGCGUACAAGGCCGCCAACGACAUCGCCAUGAUGGAACUGGCGCCCACACACCCCAUCCGCCUCGGUCUCGCCCUCAACUUUUCUGUCUUCUACUACGAGAUCCUGAACUCACCCGACCGCGCAUGCCGUCUCGCUAAAGCUGCAUUUGAUGAUGCCAUUGCAGAGCUGGACACACUGAGUGAAGAGAGCUACAAGGACUCCACACUCAUCAUGCAGUUGUUACGAGACAACCUGACCCUCUGGACAUCAGACAUGACGACGGACGGUAAGGACGAUGGUGAGGGAGGUGACAAAGAGCAGGUGCAGGACGUAGAGGCAGAAGAGGGCAACGCCCAAUGAGCACACUGCAGCGUCACUCUGCCCCCUUUAAUUUGUGUUUAGAUCUCCCGACAAGUUUAGCACACACUUUCUUACUCAGGCACCAAGCCUUCUAUGAGCCAGCGGCAGAGAAUAGAAGAGAGGGGGUGUCAAAUGACAACCUUGUGGCACGUGUUGGUCACGAAUUAGACACCAGUGUCACUUUAGAGAACCUAGACUCAUAGUUCCCCCCAAAUUCAAUUAGAAGACUGAUUGAAAGAAAGACAGAAAUACUUGAUAAUUUCACGUAAUGUAGGUUUAUCUGCCGUGAGUCUAUUUCUCAACAGACAGAGAUCUCUGUCCAUCUCAAGUUAGGGAAAGUAUCAUGUCAGUUUCUUCUCGCCAUGAUAUGUAUUGUUUUUGUUUAGUGCACUUAUUCCCUGUACUGACCGAUUUUUUUGUCAUCUGGAUUAUGUCGUGGGGAAAAUUGUUUUUGAAUGUGUCCAAAACCCUUCUUGAUUCUGUAGUGAGUUAGCAUGACAUAGUAGCUGCGAGAUCAGAGGGUUUCUCUGAAUACCACGGCCCAAUAUGGCUGUUAGGAAUGAGGUUUGUGUUUGCCUACUAUCCUUCAAUUUAAAUUAUGAUACCAUGAGUUUGCUUCCAAUGUUGCCAUGUAGUAGUACUAAGCCCAUGUGUAACCAGACGACGCCUACACGCCGCGUUUCAGUUCUGCAAAGGUACUGGCCAAAAAUCCACUCUCAGAUCUGUCGACGACUCAGCGCAAGUGAUCCUUUACCAGUCCCAAGUGCUGGGCUGCAUCUCAGACCAGUAGUGGGCCCUACUCACCCUAACUAACUACCAGCCAUUAGUCCAUAUCUCUGAACCCUCUAUCUUAGAACUGAUGUAGUAUUGUAGGCUUGUUAUGUGUCUUAAGUUAAAUGUAGUCAAGCCUGUCUCGUAGUUGUCAUGUCUAUAUUUACGAUUGAGACAAUGAUUGUUGAUUUUGGUUUUCCUUCCCAUGUAGUCAGUAAGUCACUUGUAUAUGAGUGCCAUCAGGAACACUGUAUUGCUGCGGAACAUACAAAGGAAGAAAAGAAAAUGUAGUACCUUGUGGGGUUGAAUAUUGUGAAUUCGCUGCCCUUGAUGCAGCUUUAGAAAUCCACCAAACAUUACUGUGUCCGUUCUAGACCAGUCAGUGACGACCAAAUUCGCCUGGAUAAAAAUGGUACUUUCAUCGCUUUGUUUUUCUUGUCGUCGAGUCCCGCUACGCAUAGACAUAUCAUGGGCAUUACAUCAUUACAUUCCGAAAGUUCCUUGUUGUGUAGUAGCAACUGGUUGUUGGGUGGUUCUCUUCUCAGUGUGUACUGUUCGGAAAUGUGUGGCACGGCUGUCUUAUGAGACAGGAAACUGCUGAAGUUGAAUCGCCCUGUUGGCCUGAACUUAAAUCUGAAGGCUUUUGGGCUAGUCAGCAGUUGUAAUGAUCUCUAGCGGAGCCUGCCAUAGGAGUGGAAAGCCUGAAAGCUAUCCCAAACAUCACGUCAGCUUCCAUUUGUUAUGCUUCUUGUUUUUUGGAAAAGUAAGAACUGUAGACAAAGACUGUUAGGUCUCUGACCAGUAUGCCUCAGCAGUGAAAACUGCAGGAAAUUGAGGAGCAUUGAGUUGUGAAAACACCAAGAAAGGGGAUUGUUGAAAGAAGUUGAUUGCUUGAGGAAUGUCUAGCAUGACAAUUUUGAACAGUGACUGAUGUUAAAGUACAGCCGGCUUUUUGAAUUCCAUGUCAGAAAGGAGGCAAUUUUACCACUCGCCUUGUACUGUCAGCUGCUCCACCUAGUGGUUUUGUAACAAACUGCAUGUGGAAAAACCAGCUGUCAAGUGCAAGGCUACAAAGUUGGUUAUUCAGCCUUUUGAAAAUCUGCAGUUGGAAUCACUUAGCGUGUUGAGAAUUGAAGGUAUGGUUAGUGCACGAGUUGAAGAGAACAGGUGAUUCCCACCGGACCAAGCUCAUGUCAGCAGCCGUGGGGAGUGGGAACACCAGGGGGAUCUACAAAAACAAAUAACCCAAAAAAUUAAGAAAGGGAAAAAUGCGUAGGAAUCGAUCGUUGGGAUUUUCAUAGGAUGUUAUCGUUAAAUUAUAACUUAGUGAUGGCGUACUACUGGAAUUGGAACCUUCUGUUUGGAUGGUGCUAAAACAAACUUACCCCCAACACCCAACAACUGUUGCCUGUAUAUCUAGAUUUGUAUUCAAGGAUUGUACCUUUGUAAACUGAUGUCAUGCUUUUAACAUUAAAUUGGUUGUUAAAUGA